AUGCUAACUGUUGACAUGGAAAACAAGGAAAAUGGCUCUCUGGAUGUCAAAAAUUCAGUAGAGAAUGGGAGACCUCCAGAUCCUGCCGACUGGGCUGUUACCGACGUUGUGAAUUAUUUCAGAACAGCUGGAUUUGAAGAACAAGCCAAUGCUUUUCAAGAACAG